UGGAUCAGACCUUCUAUUGCCUCGCUGAGCUGCUUGGUGGGGAUUUCAGCCUCCUCUCAAGUAGCUGGAUCAGACCUACUACCUGCCUCUCGCUGAACCUUGACUCAUCGCUCCUACAAAGUUGUUCCUCAUUCCAUCAUCUGUGUUUCCUAUCCAUUGUUAUAUUUAUCAGUUGUUUCUACUACCUCCGAUCUGGAAGCACUUUCAUUGCUCGUCUAUCAUUUAUUCAGACUAGUGCCCUCAGCAGAAGAGGAACAGUCCUCCGAUGACGGAAGUGGCCUUAGCUAUAGCUGGCUUAAGAUUGGCUGCAUUGCCGGUCUUGAAGAAGCUCCAUGCUAAUGCUUCAACAUAUUUUGGAGUGGACAUGGCGCGUGAGCUCCAUGAACUGGAGACCACAAUCUUGCCGCAGUUUGAGCUGUUGAUUGAAGCAGCAGACAAGGGAAAACACAGGCCCAAGUUGGACAAGUGGCUUCAGGAACUCAAAGAAGCAUUCUAUCUCGCCGAAGACUUGCUGAACGAGCAUGAGUACAACCUCCUUAAGCUCGAAGCAAAGGGGAAAUAUUCCUUGUCGGCCAAUGCCUCCUUCAUCAAAAGCACUUUUAUGAAGCCUCUGCAUGCUGCAUCAAGCAGGUUGUCCAAUCUGAGCUCCAAGAACAGAAAGCUAAUUCAACAGCUGAAUGAACUGAAGGCUACCCUGGCGAAAGCCAAGGACUUCCGUGAACUGCUCUGCUUACCAUCUGGUUAUAAUGCAGAGAGCCCCAUCAUAUCAUCAGUUGUUGUUCCAGAGACCACAUCACUGCCGCCUCUGAAAGUGAUUGGUCGUGACAAGGAUCGGGAUCACAUAAUAGAUCUUCUUACCAAGACAACUGCUACUACUGAGUCUGGUACAGCUAUGUACUCGGGUUUGGCCAUUGUUGGAGCUGGAGGCAUGGGAAAGUCCACCUUGGCACAACUUGUUUACAGUGACAAGAGGGUCAAAGAAUAUUUUGAUGUGACAAUGUGGGUAAGCAUCUCACGCAAACUUGAUGUCCGCCGUCAUACACGAGAGAUCAUUGAGUCUGCCUCUCAGGGGGAGUGCCCACGCAUUGAUAACCUUGAUACUCUGCAGCGCAAGUUGACAGACAUCCUGCAAGAAUCAGGGAAAUUCCUACUUGUGUUGGAUGAUGUUUGGUUUGAACCUGACAAUGAGAGUGAAUGGGACCAACUGUUAGCUCCUCUAAUUUCCCAACAGAUGGGAAGCAAAGUUUUGGUAACUUCUCGACGGGAUACAUUUCCAGCUGCUCUUUGUUGUGAAGUGUGUCCUCUGGAAAACAUGGAAGAUGCUCAGUUCUUGGCACUCUUCAAGCACCAUGCAUUCUCUGGACCAGAAAUCAAAAAUCUGCAGCUUCAUGAAAAACUUGAAGAUUUUGCAGAGAGGAUUGCUAAAAGACUUGGACUAUCUCCUUUGGCAGCAAAAGUUGUGGGUUCCCAGUUGAAACAAAAAACACAUAUCAAUGCAUGGAAGGAUGCUUUAACUAUAAAGAUUGAAAAAUUAAGUGAGCCCAUGAGAGCUCUAUUGUGGAGUUAUAAGAAGUUAGAUCCAUGUUUGCAGAGGUGCUUCUUAUAUUGCAGCUUGUUUCCAAAAGGCCAUAAGUAUGUCAUUAAUGAUUUGGUUUAUCUUUGGAUGGGUGAGGGUCUUGUUGAUUCAUGUGACCAAAACAAGAGAGUGGAAGAUAUUGGGAGGGAUUGCUUCAAUGAGAUGAUCUCCGUUUCGCUUUUUCAACCAGUUUCUGGGAAAGACACUCCAAAAUACGUUGGCCCGUGUUAUGUUAUGCAUGAUCUCCUGCAUGAGCUGGCAGAAUCACUCUCCAAAGAAGAUUACUUCAGAUUGGAAGAUGAUAAGGUGACAGAAAUACCAUCCACUGUCAGAUUCCUAUCUGUUCGUGUUGGUAGUAUGCAAAAACACAAGCAAAGUAUCUGCCAGCUACAUCAUUUACGCACUAUUAUCUGCAUAGACCCCCUAAUGGAUGAUUUAAGUGAUCUUUUUAAUCAGAUACUACAAAAUUUGAAGAAGCUGCGGGUACUAUCUUUGUCAUCUUACAACAGUAGUAAGUUGCCAGAAUCUAUUGGUGAGUUGAAGCACCUUCGGUAUUUGGACAUCAUCAGAACACUAAUUUCUGAAUUGCCAACAUCACUGUGUACUCUUUACCACUUGCAAUUACUUCUGUUAAAUGUCAAAGUUGAUAGUUUCCCUGAGAAACUCUGCAAUCUAAGGAAGUUACGACAUCUUAAACGACUUCGAAAUACAAUAGCCAUGUCAAACGAAGAAUCGCUGCCUCAAAUUCGUAACAUUGGCAAGCUAACUUCGCUUCAACAAAUUAAGGUAUUUUCUGUGCAGAAGGAAAAGGGAUAUGAGUUGCAACAGCUCAGGGAGAUGAAUGAGAUUCGUGGCAGUUUAUGUGUCACAAAUCUUGAGAAUGUCACUGGGAAGGAUCAAGCCUUAGAAGCAAAGCUACAUCAGAAAAUUCAUCUUGGUGGGUUGAAACUUCUCUGGAGUUGCGAGAAUAGCACAAAUGCGGAGGCUAAUUUACAUUUGGAGAUUUUAGAAGGCCUAAUGCCACCGCCUCAACUUAGGCACCUUAAAAUUUGCGGCUACAAAUAUCCAAAAUAUCCAUGCUGGUUAAUUGAUGGUUCGUAUUUUGAGAAUUUGAAAUCUUUAACUUUUGUUGAUUGCAAUGCAUUACAAUGCCUACCAUGCAAUGCAUGUCUAUUUGAGAAUUGCUCUUCACUUGUCCUCAGCAAUGUGCCGAACCUGAAGACAUUGCCUUGUCUUCCACUAGGCCUUAAACUUUUAGAAGUUGACAAAUGCCCAUUGCUCAUAUUUAUUUGCAACGAUGAGUUGGAGCAUCACAAUAUCAUGAGGGGAAACCACUUGGCAUCACACCUUGGUUUAAUCUGGGAUGUGGAUUCAGGAAAGAAUAUUAGGAGGGCACUCUCAUUGGAACAUUCAUUUCUGAAGGAGCUCGUGAUAUUGAUGCAUGCUGAUGUGUCACAUGUUCAAAAUCUUGAAAGUGCUCUAAAAAGAAAGAAAGAUGAAGUAUUGGUAAAAGAGGAUAUCAUCAAGGCAUGGAUAGACUGUCACGAACAGAUGAUUGGACUCGUGUAUGGAAGGAGCAUUGGGCUGCCGCUGGUUCCACCAUCAGGACUUUGUGAACUUUCUCUUUCUUCAUGCAGUAUUACAGAUGGAGCUUUAGCUGUUUGCCUUGAUGGCCUGGCUUCACUGAGAAAAUUGGUCUUAGAAAAGAUUAUGACAUUAAUGGCACUUCCUUCAGAAGAGGUCCUCCAACAUUUGACAAAACUUAAUCACUUGUCCAUCGGAGGUUGCUGGUGUCUCCGGUCAUUAGGGGGUUUACGAACCGCUACCUGUCUCUCAGAUGUCAGAUUGAAUUCCUGCCCUUCUUUAGAAUUGGCAUGUGGAGCAGAAUGUUGACCAUUAUCCCUUGAGAGCCUCAGGGUAACCCGUUGCAUGCUUGGAGCUGACUUCCUCUGUGCUGACUGGCCACACUUGAAUAGUAUUCUCAUAAGCAAAUGCAGAAGCACUGCAUGCUUG